UUUCAUCAGGCAGCUGGUCAUGAUCCCCUCGGGUUUCAUCGAGGCUUUGAACCACUUGUAUUUUGUUUUGAAACCCUGCUUUUUUUUUUUUUCCAGUGUAAGCACUCUGUGCUUGAAAGGAAAUCGUCUCUCUAAAGCAGGCGUCAUGACGGGCUGCCUAUGGGUCUUCUUGGUUCUCAGUGCCACUCUCUCAGGUUCCUGGGUGACUCUUACGGCCACUGCGGGCCUCAGCUCAAUAGCUGAACACGAAGACGCACUCCUCAGACAUUUGUUCCAAGGUUAUCAGAAAUGGGUUCGCCCUGUGUUGAAUUCCAGUGACAUCAUAAAAGUAUAUUUUGGAUUAAAGAUAUCUCAGCUUGUGGAUGUGGAUGAAAAGAAUCAGCUGAUGACAACAAACGUGUGGCUGAAACAGGAAUGGACAGACCAAAAAUUACAAUGGAAUCCAGAAGAAUAUGGUGGAAUUAAUUCGAUAAAGGUUCCAUCGGAAUCGCUCUGGCUUCCUGACAUAGUUCUCUUUGAAAAUGCUGAUGGACGUUUUGAGGGCUCCCUCAUGACCAAGGCCAUUGUGAAAUCCAGUGGAACCGUCAGCUGGACUCCUCCCGCCAGCUACAAAAGUUCCUGCACCAUGGAUGUCACAUUUUUCCCGUUCGACAGGCAGAACUGCUCAAUGAAGUUUGGGUCCUGGACUUACGAUGGUACCAUGGUUGACCUCAUUCUGAUCAAUGAAAACGUUGACCGGAAAGACUUUUUUGAUAACGGAGAGUGGGAGAUACUGAAUGCAAAGGGGAUGAAGGGCAACAGAAGGGAAGGCUUUUACUCCUAUCCGUUUGUUACCUACUCAUUUGUUCUGAGACGCCUGCCGCUUUUUUACACCCUUUUUUUGAUAAUCCCCUGCUUGGGGCUGUCCUUUCUCACCAUCCUGGUGUUCUACCUACCCUCCGACGAAGGGGAAAAACUCUCAUUAUCCACCUCGGUUUUGGUAUCUUUGACAGUGUUUCUUUUAGUGAUUGAAGAAAUAAUCCCGUCUUCUUCAAAAGUCAUCCCUCUCAUCGGCGAGUACCUGCUCUUCAUUAUGAUUUUUGUCACGCUGUCAAUUAUCGUCACGGUUUUUGUAAUUAAUGUCCACCACAGAUCUUCCUCAACGUACCAUCCCAUGGCCCCCUGGGUGAGGAGGCUGUUUCUGCAAAGACUCCCGAGAUGGCUUUGCAUGAAGGACCCCAUGGACCGCUUCUCUUUCCCUGACGGGAAGGAGAGUAAGGCAGCCAUGAGGGGGAAAGUCCCAGGGAAGAAGAAACAGACUCCUACUAGUGAUGGAGAAAGAGUUCUGGCCGCUUUCCUGGAGAAGGCCUCUGAGUCCAUCAGAUACAUUUCGAGGCAUGUGAAGAAGGAACACUUCAUCAGUCAGGUAGUACAAGACUGGAAAUUUGUGGCUCAGGUUCUUGACCGCAUCUUCCUGUGGCUCUUUCUGAUAGCUUCCGUUCUGGGCUCCAUUCUGAUUUUUAUUCCAGCCUUGAAGAUGUGGAUACAUCGUUUUCAUUAGGAACCACUCUCUGGAUCCAUUUAGAAGACAUACAUAGAGAGAAUCCCACCUUAGGACUGACGGCUGCUGACAUGUUCACAGAACGCAGAUGUGUGCAACAGUCAUGGUGCCCUUGUCUUGUCCUCUGAGCCUUCUGUGAUUGGAGGACCCUGAGAAAAUGUGGGUUUGAGCUAGUGUGAUGGUGGCUGCCAUUGGAGAUGUAUUUGGGCAAUUCGGAGAAGUCUCCAUGUUAUGUUGUUGUGUGUGAGACCUUGAACUCCCCCAUCUGCCCAUCCCCGAACUUCUGAUUUUGCCUAUGCACUUAACUCCUAGUGUCUGCCAACCCCUUGGUGACUUGUGCACACACUGGGGUGAUGUGUUACUUCUUUAGCAGUGUGGGUGAACACGUUUUGGCAACAAUUUCAGGAAUUACACAGACACAACUCUUGACACACAGGUCAGAGAUGCCACUUGUCAAUGAAUGGACCACAAACAGGGUCAUCCACGAUGACCUUGAAUGGCUACGACCGUUCUCUAAGGCAGGUGUUAUUGGAAGUCCAUUCACUGCAUUGCAAACAUUUCUAAUGUAGGUAAGGAACUCUGGUGAUUUCCAGCUUGUUGUGAGGUUACAUCAAAGUAACUUACACCAGAAAAAUAGCUAUUAGCUACUAGAACUGCAUUCAUUAUUAAUACAUGUGUGAUUUUUUUCUCUUAGGAAAUUAAAAGUAUUGCAUAUUCUUUGAAUAGUCACUGAAUAUUUUUUUGACAAUUCCAUACAACAUAUUUUGAUCCUAUUUACCCCCAAAUUCCUCCCCUGUAACUUCUCCUAGACCUGCUCCCUCACUCUAUCCCCCAACAUCAGGACCUAAUUGAUUUAUUUAUUUCUUAAUACCCUUGCCCCUCAAGUCCAUUUUGUGCUACAUGUAUACAAAUGUGGUGUGGUCCCAGCCUUUGGUCCUACCUCUGCAGCUGGUUCCUCUCUGGCUAUAUCGUCUGUGUAAGGGAGUAUGGGAGUCUUUGUGGAUAGCACAGUGGGAGACCCUGCACUCAGACUGCCAGGAUCAUGAUUCCAACCCUGGCACACAGCCUGCAUCAACCCCUCACUGCCUAUGGUAGAUUCAGCCCUUGCUUACACUUUUCUAGCUGGUCUUUCGUGGACUCUUCAAAUGGUGUUUAAGUGCCUGUGUGGAGGGAAUGGUGCAAACCCUGGUCUGGAGUUCCCACUGAGCCUGGCCACAGCCAGCUGAAUGAGAAUCUCUGCUUCAGACUCUUUAGACUUUCUUGCACAGACUACACAGCUCCCCCACCUCACUAAUAGUGUGCCCAGCUCUUGACCCAUUUGGAUCACAAGAUGGAUUUUUAAAGAAACCAAUAAACACAGUGGAAUAAGAGCUAGGUCACAGGGAUUGCUGGUCCCAGCUUUGUGGCUAACCAGUGGGCCUUAAACUUACUGUCUCCUAGAAGACAAAAGUCUUGUGGAUCAGUAGAAUGAGGUGAGGAUUCAUGAUCUUUGAUGUUCUCCUCAGUCCUUUACUCUAUCUUUUGUUGGUUUGCUGUGGAGCUUCUCCAGUGUUCAACCACAUGGUCCUAAUGGUAGCUUUGUUCCUUGCAGGGCAGGUAGUGGUGACGGGGCGGGGGUGUAGACUACUCUGUGGCUACCUCAGAUUAGACUUUGCAGGAACACAUUGUGAUAAAAACCAAGGCUUAGCUAUGACUUCCUGAAUGAGACUGUGAAUGAAAAGGACAAAGAGUUAUUAUUCCUCUCCUUCAGGUUGAUUUUUAACUCAUCACAUUUGACAUGUAAUUAUGCUAGGAAAAGUGCAGUAUCAAUGUUAGAAAAAGUGUUUGGAUCUGAGCUUAGCUUUACAUUUGGAAAAUACCAGCGUGAACCAUUUCCCACAACAAAUAUUUUCUGACCAAAUCAAAUACAGAAAAGAUUAAGCCCCAGUGUGUAUAUGUGGCUUAUUUUUACUAUCAGCUAAAGUGGAAGAUGACAUUAAUAAUUUCAAAUAUAGAAAAGGAUAAAUAUUUACAUAUUGCAAUGAUACUGGGAGAGUAUUCCAAAGGAUAAUGUUAAGGCAAGGAACUCUUAAGAGUGGAGAGAUGUCUAAGCAUGUAAAGGCAGUACCUCCCAAGCCCGAGGAUCUGAGUUUAAUACCCAUAACCCACCUGGUAGGAGAGAAUUGAAUUCCAUUUAGUUAUCUCUCAGCACCACUCCCCCCUCCAAAUGCCUUAGCAUAUGUGUGUGCACAUAACAGAGUCU